AUGGCCAUGCAUUACUGCCUGCCCGCCCCGCCCCCCUUUCUGUCCUCCUUUGACUGGUCCGCCAUUAUCGCACUCUCUCGAUUCGCGCCACGAUAUCGCUAUGCCUUCAUGCCAGGCUGCCAGCCGAUUGCCCCGAAGCUACUGCCGUUUCGGUGGAGUGACCAAGAGCCUUUCCCUGAUGCGCACAAGGCUGGGCAGUCGAGAGGUGCUGGUAUACAGGCUUGGUGUUUCCGCCAGGUGCAGACUAGUGGUGUUGUGAUCGGAACGCGAUUGGGCCUAGUUAGCAGUGAAAGCUGCCUGGAGAUAGGAGGUACAAGCAGCUACCUACCUACCAUAUCGGUCCGCGUACCAGGCCCGAGUCGCGGUGGAGGUGGGUGA